AUGCCCAAGUUUUUGAAGAACGGGAAGGUUGUUAUUAUCCUCCAGGGUCGCUACGCCGGUAAGAAGGCCGUGAUCGUUAAGAACGUCGAUGAGGGCACCAAGGAGCGCCCCUACGGCCACGCGAUCGUUGCCGGUAUUGAGCGCUACCCGCUCAAGGUGACCAAGUCGAUGGACAAGAAGAAGGUUGCGUCGCGCUCGCACGUCAAGCCCUUCAUCAAGGUUGUCAACUACGCCCACCUGAUGCCCACCCGUUACAGCCUCGAGCUUGAGGAGAUCAAGGCUGCCGUUACCGCCGAGACCUUCUCCGAGCCCUCGCAGCGUACCGCCGCCAAGAAGGCCGUCCGUAACAGCCUGCAGCAGCGCUACACCGCUGGCAAGAACAAGUGGUUCUUCACCAAGCUCCGCUUCUAAGUUUGUUGCCUGGCAUUCAGCCCUUUCUGUGGUAGGAUUAUUUCAUUAUACUCUCCACCAUGUCUUGUUCAGUGGAAUGCAACACUUGCGAGUGCAUCAAAAGCAAAAUAGACACGAGCC